AAUGUUAUGAACCGGGUGCCAAAAAUUUAGUUCCUUGCCUGACUUUGUUUUGUGUACCAAAUUUAAGUUUCUGCAGCUAGAUAGAUCAAAUAAAUUAAGUCAAAUUUCCCAAACAAGCAUGAAUAGAUGUUCAAAUCCGUGGUUCAUCCGCGCGGUGCGGCUGCAAAUACGUAAUCUCCACGAGCUGCGGAUUCCGUACGCCCGUCCGAUGGGCAUAAGUCAGCGCAAUUUCACCCUGGAGCCGCUGGCCAACCGGGAACUCAUCCGCAUCCACGGGGCCGAGGUGGUGCCCUUUCUGCAGGGUCUGGCGACCAACGAUGUGGCCCGGAUUCAGUCGUCCGGAGGUCCUGCCUCCAUGUACGCCCACUUCCUCAACAAAUCUGGUCGUGUGCUGUACGACACCAUCAUGUACCGCACCAACAAUCCGGACACCAUCCUCGUGGAGUGCGAUCGCGAGGCUUCCUCGGAUUUCAGACGCCACCUGCGCACCUACCGGGUUCGCAGGCGCAUUGAAGUCGACAGUGUGGACGACGAGUACACCUCUUGGGUGAUGUUUAACUUUAAGGACGGCUCGGAGACCGUGGGCAAUCCGCAUCCAGAUCUGUUUGUAUCCCCCGAUCCGAGACUUUCCGCAUUGGGCACUCGCGUUCUGGCCCCAACCAACAUGGACUGGGCAAAACUGACCAAGAGUUUCGCCGACUUUGGUACCGCCACACCCGCCACCUCUGACAGCAAUUACCAGCUGCUCCGCUACAAGCAAGGAGUGGGUGAGGGCAGCUUGGAACUGCCUCCGGGCAAAUGCUUUCCCCUGGAGGCCAAUGCGGACUACUUGAACGGCGUGAGCUUCCAAAAGGGAUGCUAUGUGGGCCAGGAAUUGACCGCUCGCGUUCAUCACUCGGGUGUGAUCCGCAAGCGCUAUAUGCCCAUCCGCCUGACGGCUCCCAUCGACGCUGGUUCCAGCCAGGAGGUAACCUCCGUAGCUGGAGCGAAACUAGGACGAGUCUUUGGCUCUGCCCACAACCACGGAGUGGCCCUGCUGCGAAUCGAGAAGGUGCUCAACGGCCGACCCGAACUGAUGAUCGAUGGCGAGCGCUGUUAUGCCGAACGACCAGAAUGGUGGCCAGAGGAUCUGCCUGGAAAGCGUCGCCUGGCGUUUGCUGAAUGACCCAGGACCUGAUUUGAACCACUAUUUGUUGUUAUACCAACAGUUAUAUUGUUAUUAGUAUAGUAAACGUAACUAGUCUUCGUCUA